AUGCCCUCCCGACCAGCCAUGCUGCUGGGUGGCCUCCUCCUCAUUGUGGCCUCUACAACUGUGGCCCAGCAGGAGGGGCAGGAAGCCACCGGGAGCCGCCAGGCCCACCAAGUCCAGCAGGGCCGAUGCAGCUACACCUUCGUGCUGCCAGAGCCUGAGCCCUGCCCACCCGAGCCUGAGGUCUUCAGGGGCUCUAACAGUCUCCAGAGGGACUCCCAGGGGGCUGCACUGAACCUAGGAGAGUGGUCAAGACAGCGGAUGCGACAGCUGGAAAAAAUGCUGGAGAACAACACGCAGUGGCUGCAGAAGCUGGAAAGGUACAUCCAGAAGAACCUGAGGUUGGAGCUGGCACAGACUCAGCAGCACAUGGUCCAGAACCAGACAGCCACCAUGCUGGAGCUGGGCACCAGUCUCCUGACCCACACCACCGCCCAGACCCACAAGCUGACCAGUGUGGAGGCUCAGUUCCUGAACCAGACGUCACGGAUGGAGAUCCAGCUGCUGGAGACCUCGCUGUCCACCAACAAGCUGGAGAAGCAGCUGCUGCUGCAGGACCAUGAGCUCCAGCGGCUGCAGGGCCACAGCAGCGCGCUGGAGACGCGGGUGCAAGCCCUGGAGACGCAGCAGCAGGCGGAGCUGGAGAGCCUCCGCGGCGAGAAGGAGCAACUGCGGCGCCUGCUGGGCCGCCAGAGCGGCGCCCUAGCCGGCCUCCAGAGCACCCUGCGCGCCGCCAGCGUUAACUCCAGCCUCCUGCAGCGCCAGCAGCACCAGCUGCUCCAGUCGGUGCAGCGCCUGAUGCGCAUCAUGGCCCAGGGCCCGGCCUCCAUGAAGGCAGAUGAACGGGUAUUCCAGGACUGUGCAGAGAUCCAGCGCUUUGGGACCAAUACCAGUGGCAUCUACACCAUCCAUGUGGCCAAUAUGACAAAGCCCAGAAAGGUGUUCUGUGACAUGGAGACCAGAGGAGGUGGGUGGACCCUCAUUCAGCGUCGUGAGAAUGGCAACGUGAAUUUCCAGCGGAACUGGACAGAUUACAAAGAGGGCUUUGGCAACCCAGCCGGAGAGCACUGGUUAGGCAAUGAAGUGGUGUACCAGCUCACCAGCAGGGGAACCUACUCUUUGCGAGUGGAGCUGCAAGAUUGGGAAGGCAACGAGGCCUACACCCAGUAUGAUCACUUCCAGCUGGGCAGCGAGAGGCAGCUGUACAGGCUUUCUCUGAGUGGGUACAGUGGCUCAGCAGGGCGCCAGAACAACCAUAGCGCCAACUUCAGCACACUCGACGCAGACAACGACAACUGCCGCUGCAAGUGUGCCCAGUUGCUGUCUGGAGGGUGGUGGUUUGACGCCUGUGGCCUCUCAAACCUCAACGGCAUCUACUACCCAGUCGGCCAACACCUGCGCAAGAUCAACGGCAUCCGCUGGCAGUACUUCAAGGGUCCCAGCUACUCGCUGCGCGCCACUCGCAUGAUGGUGCGUCCGUUGGGCAUCUAA